AUGGGAGGAAAACGAACCAAGAACAAGAAAGGGAAGUUGGAGUUGGACAAAUUAAGCAACUUACCAAGUGAUGUUACAGAACAAAUCUUAUCAUAUUUGCCAAUCAGAGAUGCAGUGAGGUCAAGUGUUUUAUCAAGUAAAUGGAGGCACAAAUGGGCCACGCUUCGGCGUCUUGUGUUUGAUGAUAAAACAGCUAUACGCUGCGUUAUUGAAAGAGUUAUCGAUCAUGUUCUGUUACUUCAUGAAGGUCCCGUAGACACUUUCAAGUUGUCUACAGGCAAAUAUAUAAAGACUGCUGAAUUUGAUAGAUGGAUUCUUUAUCUAUCAAGAUUCUCUGUCAAAGAGUUCAUACUGGAAAAAGGGACUUCCUCUUGCAUUGACAAUAUCUCUUCCCAUUUGUUUUCUUAUAAAGAUUUGACUCACUUGGGGUUAAAAAAUUGUUCGCUAAAGCCCCCUUUGACAUUCAAAGGCUUUGCGAUGUUGAAGAGCCUUGAUAUUCGAAAUGUCAUUGUGGCAAAAGAUGUUUUGGAAAAAAUUAUUGUUGGCUGUCCACUGCUCGAGACAAUGAGGAUUUUAUGUGACUUAGUGAGCAACACCCAUCUCAAGAUUGAUGCACCGAAUCUCCAAUUCCUUAAAGUUAGAGGUGUUUUUGAAGAAAUUAAACUUCAGAAUACCCCAAAUCUUGUUGAUGUUUCAAUCGACCCAAAAAUGGCUUCUAGAAGUAGAAGUUAUAGCAAAUUGCUCUUGUAUUUUCUUAGCCUGCCUCGUAUUGAAAGGCUCACAAUUGAUGGUUGCCUUUUAGAGGUUCGCAAAGAGAAUAAGGCUGCUGCUGGAGAACAAGCUACCAAUUGGUUAAAUAACAAUCGGCUUUGGGAAUUCACUCAACUGCGACGUUUGAAAGUAACCGGCCUCUAUGGUGUUACUGGAGAAGUAGACUUACUUGAAUAUCUGUUUUUAAGCUCCCCUGCUCUUCAAGAACUAGAAAUUUCGUUUAGAGACAAAAUGGGGAUGGGAUUAGAUGCUGCUGCUGUGGGAGAUUAUAGCAAUCGAAAUUGCACAUUCAACCAACUGAGAGUUAUAAAAGUAACCAAAUUUCGUGGUGUCAAAGCUGAAGCAGGUUUCAUCGGAUUUCUGCUUUCAAGUUCACCUAUGCUCAAGACGAUGACUCUUCAGCCUGCUUCUACUGAAGUUUCUUGGGAAGUACUUAAGGUGGUGACCGAGUUCAAGCGCGAUUCAGGGCAUGCUGAGUUAAAGUUGUUGGACCCAUUAAGUCCUUUGAGGGAGUCUUAUAAUGGCUCCUAUACUGACCGGUACCUCCGCACCAAGGCCUCUUCUUAUGACUCUUCUGAUGAGUCCCUUGAUGACUCUUCUGAUGAGUCCCUUGAUGACGACUGA